AUGAAUAACAUGGACUUCACCGACAGGGCGAGCAAAGCCCUUUCUGAUGCCAUGGCGGUAGCAGAAGGUUAUGCUCACCCACAACUAUUACCUCUUCACCUUGGACUCUCCCUCCUAGAUCCACCGGCAGACGAAUCGAAAGAUCAACAAAAUGGACCAGCACCAUCUCAGUCUCUCUUCCGUCAGGUUGUUGAGAAAGCAAAUGGCGACCCUCAGGCUUUCCAAAGAUCACUUCAGAAGGCCAUUGUCCGAUUACCCAGUCAAAAUCCUCCACCAGAGCAGAUAGCUAUGGCACCGUCGUUCACGAAAGUACUGAGAGGAGCUCACGACCUACAGAAGACACAGAAAGAUUCGUACAUUGCCGUGGAUCAUUUGAUCAUGUCAUUGUGUCAGGAUCCUGCAAUUCAGACUAGUUUGAAGGAUGGGAAUAUGCCAAACGUCAAGGUUAUCCAAGAAGCCGUUCAGAAAAUCCGAGGUACGAAAAGAGUCGACUCCAAGACAGCAGAUACCGAGGAGGACAACGAGAACUUGAAGAAGUUCACUGUGGAUAUGACGGCGUUGGCGCGAGAGGGAAAGAUGGAUCCUGUUAUUGGUCGAGAGGAAGAGAUCAGACGAGUCAUCCGAAUCUUGUCUCGCAGAACGAAAAACAAUCCCGUUUUAAUUGGAGAGCCAGGUGUUGGAAAAACCACAGUCAUCGAAGGUUUGGCUCAACGUAUCGUCAAUAACGACGUACCAGACAAUCUUUCAGCAUGCAGACUGCUCUCCCUAGAUGUGAGUGGUAUUGUUGCCGGCAGCAAAUAUCGAGGAGAAUUCGAGGAGCGCAUGAAGGGUAUCUUGUCAGAAAUCGAAAAAAGCCACGAGAUGAUUGUUCUCUUCGUUGACGAGAUGCAUCUCCUCAUGGGAGCUGGUAACACUGGAGAGGGUGGUAUGGAUGCUGCCAACAUCCUGAAGCCUAUGUUGGCCAGGGGUCAGCUACACUGCAUUGGUGCAACCACACUUAUGGAGUACCGAAAGUACAUUGAGAAGGAUGCUGCUUUCGAACGUCGUUUCCAGCAAGUCCUCGUCAAAGAGCCAACGGUUCCAGAGACAAUUUCUAUUCUCAGAGGGUUGAAGGAGAGAUUCGAGGUGCAUCACGGUGUCGAUAUUUCCGAUGGUGCCAUUGUCGCUGCAGCUACUUUGGCCGCUCGCUACCUUACCCAGAGACGCUUACCUGAUUCUGCUGUGGAUCUUAUCGAUGAAGCAGCAGCAGCGGUUCGAGUAGCCCGAGAAUCUCAACCUGAAAUCAUUGAUUCUUUGGAUCGGAAACUGCGACAGCUUAAAAUCGAGAUUCAUGCCCUUACUCGGGAGAAAGAUGAUGCUUCCCAGGCUCGUCUGGCGCAAGCUAAGAAGGACGCUGCUAAUUGCGAGGAUGAACUUAGACCACUACGCGAGAAAUACGAGCGUGAAAGAGCUAGAGGCAAAGCUAUUCAGGAGGCGAAGGUUAAGCUCGAUUCACUUCGCGUCAAGUCAGAGGAAGCAACCCGUAUGGGAGACGACAGUAGGGCUGCUGAUCUACAAUAUUACGCUAUUCCGGAGCAGGAAGCCUUUAUCAAAAAUCUCGAGAAGGAGAAGAAAGCAGCGGAUGCAGCGCUUAGCUCUACAAGCGAUCCAGAUUCAGGCGGGUCUCUUCUCACUGAUGUCGUUGGCCCAGAUCAGAUCAAUGAAAUUGUUGGUCGCGCAACCGGCAUUCCAGUCAGCAGACUGAAGGCCACCGAGAAGGACAAACUGUUGCACAUGGAGAGAGAGCUUACCAAAUCUGUCGUCGGUCAAAAAGAAGCUGUCAAGGCAGUAUCGAACGCAAUUAGACUUCAACGUUCCGGACUCAGUAAUCCAAAUCAACCACCCAGUUUUCUAUUCUGCGGUCCUUCGGGUACCGGUAAGACGUUGCUCACAAAGGCACUAGCUGAAUUUUUGUUCGACGACCCAGCUGCUAUGAUUCGCUUGGAUAUGUCAGAAUACCAGGAGAAGCAUUCCUUGAGUCGAAUGAUCGGUGCGCCACCUGGAUACGUUGGCCACGACGCUGGAGGACAACUCACGGAAGCUCUUCGUCGCAAGCCGUUCUCAAUUCUGCUGUUUGAUGAGGUGGAGAAAGCAGCGAAGGAAGUUUUGACUGUCCUCCUUCAACUUAUGGACGAUGGUCGUAUUACUGAUGGUCAAGGACGUGUCAUUGACGCACGCAAUUGUAUCGUUGUGAUGACCUCCAAUUUGGGUGCCGAGUAUCUCCAACGAACGUCAUUGACAUCUUCGAGAAUCGAUGACACAACGAGGAAGUUGGUCGAGAAGGCACUUCAAGAUUACUUCUUGCCUGAAUUCUUGAACCGUAUCAGUUCAACGGUCAUUUUCAACCGGCUAUCAAAGGCUGAGAUCCGCAAAAUCGUUGAUGUCCGUCUUGCUGAGAUUCAGAAGCGACUUGCGAAGAACGACAAGUCCGUCAAGAUCGACUGCUCACCUGAAGUUCGUGACUAUCUGGGAACUGCAGGCUACAAUCCGCAAUACGGUGCUCGUCCUCUCGGCAGACUUAUCGAAAGAGAGAUUCUUAACCGCAUGGCCAUCUACAUUCUUAAUGGCUCAAUCAAGGAUGGUGAAGUGGCUAGAGUGGUUAUGCAGAAUGGCAAGAUCGCUAUCCUACCCAACCACCAAGGCAUGGAUACCGGUGACGAGAGCGAUGAUGAGUUAAUGGAUCUCGACUAUGAUGGACAACAGGAUGAAGAUCCUGAUAUUGGUCUCUAUGAUUAA